UUCGUUUCGAUUCAUUUCUAGUAGUAUUGCAUGGUUCGUGUUUCAUACACGUAAAGUGCACGUGAGAGGUUCGGUGCAUCCAGUUUUUAGACGAUAUUAAUUUAAACGUUUGAAAAACAGAAGAAAAGUGUACUUUAAAGAAUUUUCGUAGUUUCCGUGCUUAAUUAAAAAUGUCGUGGCUUCUUGGUUAUCGUAAUACGCAACCACCACAAGAUUUCUCUCAAUUUAUUCAACCACCGGCAUCAUCGGGCUCAGACGGUGGUGGAGAUGGUUCUAAUUCGAAAAAUUUAAUGAAAUCUCAAAUGGAAGCUUACAGAUUCGACUCGAGCGCAUUGGAAAGAGCGGCUGCAGCUGCCAAAGAACUUGAAAAAUCUUCUCAUGCUGCUCAAGCUUUGGAACUUUCAAAAAUGCAAGAGGUGACUAAACAAACAGAAAUGCAAACAGAAGUAAAGAAGUACGAAGCUACCAUUGAACAAAUGAAAGUUGAUCAAAAACGCAUAGAAGGAGAAGAGAAACGUAAAACCUUGCAAGAAGAAACAAGGCAGCAUCAAGCAAGAGCUCAGUAUCAAGAUCAGUUGUCUAGAAAACGAUACGAUGAUCAGUUAGCGCAGCAACAAAGAAUGAAUGAUGAAAAUUUAAGAAGACAAGAAGAAUCGGUAGCUAAACAAGAAGCUAUGAGAAAAGCAACUAUCGAGCACGAAAUGGAUUUGAGGCAUAAAAAUGAAAUGAGAAAGUUAGAAGCAGAGCUUAAAGCUAAAGCAAAGAUUGAUAGGGAAAAUCAAGAUCUUAAUUUAGAACAAAUUAGACUUAAGGCAUCAGAAAAUAGAAUUACUGUCUUAGAAUCUAUAAAAACUGCAGGUUCGGUACUUGGUACUGGAGCCAACGCUCUUUUACAAGAUUGGGAUAAAAUUCUUGCUGCUGCUGGUGGUUUAUCUCUAUUAGCUUUUGGCGUGUACUCUGCUAAGGGAUCAACCAGUAUAGCUGCACGCUAUAUUGAAUCUCGUUUAGGAAAGCCAUCUUUAGUACGUGAAACUUCUAGAUUUACAGUAUUGGAUACUGUAAGACAUCCUAUACGAGCUAUUAAAAAACUGAAAGAUAAGCAAACCGAUGCUUUAUCUGGUGUAGUUUUAGCCCCAAAACUCGAAGAAAGAUUACGCGAUGUGGCGAUAGCUACGAAAAAUACUAAACAAAAUCGUGGAAUGUAUAGAAAUAUAUUGAUGCAUGGCCCACCUGGUACUGGUAAGACUAUGUUUGCUAAAAAGCUAGCAGAACAUUCUGGGAUGGAUUAUGCAAUUGUGACGGGCGGUGAUCUAGCACCUUUGGGAAAGGACGGUGUUACUGCGAUACAUAAAGUUUUUGAUUGGGCAACAACAUCUAGAAAAGGUCUUUUAUUGUUUAUCGAUGAAGCGGAUGCUUUCUUAAGAAAAAGAUCGAGCGAACAUAUAUCGGAGGAUUUAAGAGCAAUGUUAAAUGCAUUCUUAUAUAGAACCGGCGAGCAAAGUAAUAAAUUUAUGUUAGUUUUGGCAUCAAAUACUCCUGAACAAUUCGAUUGGGCAGUAAAUGAUAGAUUGGAUGAAAUGGUGGAGUUCAAUCUUCCAGGUUUCGAAGAACGCGAGCGUUUAGUUCGUCUUUAUUUUGAUAAAUUUGUUCUUCAACCAGCCAUCGAAGGCAAGAAAAGAUUAAAAGUAGCGCAAUUUGACUAUGGUGCUUUAUGUACUAAAAUGGCGAAAAUAACAGAAGGAAUGUCUGGUAGAGAAUUAGCAAAACUUGGUGUUGCAUGGCAAGCAGCGGCAUACGCGUCUGAAAAUGGUGUCUUAACAGAGCAAAUGGUGGUAGAUAGAUGUAUGGAAGCUAUUAGACAACAUAAACAAAAGGUGCAAUGGCAAAGCGAGCAAGAAAAACAAGAAUCCAAAUCUAUUUAUGCAGCUGAAGAGAGUAGUAUAAAAUCAAUGGAAUCAAAACCUCCAGCAAUAGAAGACCAUACAGAAAGAAAAGAAGAAGAAAGGACAAUUGCUGCAGCUUAAUUAAAAACAUGCAUAGAUUGAAAAAUAUUAAACGAUUGAUGUAUAAAGAUUAGUUCCAAUGGUUGCAGUGACAAGUACAAACAUCAUUAAUAAAGAUAAUAUUCAUUUUAGUUGUAUAUCUUGCAUUUUUUAAAUAAGCUACAAGAAUGAUUAAAUUGUAAUAUUAUAUUAUUAUUUCAAUUGAUAAAUAUCACUUUAAAAAUA